AUGCGAACAUUGGGUGACUGUAUCGAGGACCUUAUUUCAGCGCGGAACUAUGUCCAAUCGGGAAACUAUACACCGGCACAGACUUGCUACGAUGGCUUUAUUGCAUCGUUAAAUCGAUACCUCAACACACUGGGACCCUCGGCCGAGAAGGAGCGGUGGCAAGAAAUUAAGCAGCAAAUAAAACAGGAGGUUGCUAGCGUAAUGACGUUAGCCAAUUCACUGAGUGAUUUGCAGAGAAAACCGGUUAAAAAGGCAGCUCCCCCUGCAAACAGCAUCCCAUGUUUUGACGAGCAAGAGGAUAGAUUUGGGCCCCCAGCUAAACCGCGGGGAUCAGUAGCUGCUCAACAGCGCUCUCAGUUACCCAGGAGGCAGUCCAACAUGGGAGUUCAGAACACCCCUGCGGUUAGAAAGGGACGCAACCAGCCGGGAUCUCAGGCACAGGUCAACAGAACACCAGCACCACGUGGGGCCCCAACCUAUUCCCAAGCCCAAAACCUGGCGCCAACGUCAUCGGCGCCAAACAACGCAAGCAAUGUCCCUGUUCCACGAGAUAUCACCCCAAGCGCAUGUCAAUAUGAGGGGAUAUCACCUGAUGUUGCCGCAGCAGUUCACGAUUGCAUCGUCGAAUCUACUGGGGUCACAUUCGACCAGAUAGCUGGUCUCAGCGAAGCAAAGCGACUCCUCGAAGAGGCUGUUGUCCUGCCGAUGCUGCUUCCGGACUUUUUCACAGGUGUACGUUCACCUUGGCGGGGCGUGUUGCUAUUUGGACCCCCAGGAACUGGUAAAACACUUCUGGCCAAGGCGAUAGCCAUGCAGGCAGGGUUCACAUUCUUUUCUGCGUCUGCAAGUGUGAUAGAGUCCAAGUACAGGGGGGAGGCAGAGAAAAUGGUCAGGGGUCUUUUCACUAUCGCUAGAGCGCGGGCUCCAAGCUGCAUCUUCAUAGAUGAGAUAGACGCCAUUAUGAGUGCACGGGGAAGUGGUGAGGACAACGAGUGUAGCAGGCGUAUUAAGGCAGAGAUACUCACUCAAAUGCAAGGUGUUACCACAGCAAAUGGAGUAGGUAAUGGAGCAAAUGGGGACUUCGCUGAACAAGAGCCCAAGCCCGUCAUGACUCUAGCGGCGACAAACCUGCCUUGGGAUUUAGAUGAGGCUCUGAAGCGACGCCUCGAAAAGCGCAUCUAUAUACCGUUACCAGACUUUGAAUCACGGAAGCAACUCUUGAAGCUCAACUUAAAGGACAUAACAACCGUAGAACUUGAUUUUGACGACUUAGCCAAUCGCCUAGAAGGUUUUUCUGGCGCAGACAUCUCCAUCCUUGUCAGAGAAGUGUCUAUGGCACCCCUCCGCAGAGAAAUAUCUGGCAAAAGCAUUGAGGAGAUCAAGCAGAUGAAUAGUGACCCAAAGUUUAAAGAAAAGCUUGUGGUACUGCUUUCGGAUUUCGAGGACGCCAUUAAAAAGACUAGGCCGUCCGUAGACCAAUCAGCAAUAAAAAAGUAUGAGAAGUGGUUCAAGGAAUUUGGAAACAUCUAG